GAAUGAUAUAAGGAAAGCAUUCCUAAUAUCUCAACAACAGAUUUCAUAGGCUCCUAGAUGAAGUUCAGACCUCGUUGGGAGGCUUCUAUUUCUCAUACUAUUUUUCUCUAAUGGGUUGGGUUGAUAAAUUCUCGGACAUGACUUCUCAGCUUGAGAAAAUUUUCAAGGAGUCAGAUUCGUUUUACCAAGAAAUCAUUGAUGAGCACCUCCAUCCAAGUAGGCCGAAGUGAGAGCAAGAAGAUAUUGUAGACAUCUUACUUAAACUACACAAGGAUCGUUUGUUCACAGUUGAUCUAUCUUGGAAUCACAUGAAAGCAGUGCUCAUGAACAUAUUUAUUGCAGGAACAGAUACAGUUGCAGCUACUAUGGUUUGGACGAUGACAGCUCUGAUGAAGAACCCUAGAGUGAUGAAGAAAGCACAAAAAGAAGUCAGAACUUUAGUUGGGGAGAAGUGUUUUGUGGAUGAAGAUGAUAUUCAAAAGCUUACUUAUAUGAAGGCAUUGGUGAAGGAAAACAUGAGAUUGUAUCCUGCAGCACCCUUGCUAAUCCUUCGAGAAACACUUCAAAAGUGCAAUAUAGAUGGGUAUGAGAUACCGAUCAAAACCCUAGUGUUUGUCAAUGCAUGGGCAAUUGGAAAAGAUCCUGAAUCCUGGGAAAACCCAGAAGAGUUCAUGCCUGAGAGAUUUUUGGGUACUUGUAUCGACUUCAAAGGACAAGAUUAUAAGCUGAUACCAUUUGGGGCCGGCAGGAGAAUAUGCCCAGGGAUGAAUCUUGGAGUUGUGACAGUAGAGCUUGCACUCGCUAAUCUUCUUUACUCAUUUGACUGGGAAAUGCCUGUUGGCAUGAAGAUGGAAGAUAUAGAUACCGAUGCAAAACCUGGUCUUACCAUGACAAAGAAAAAUGAUCUCUACCUUGUGGCUAGGAAUUAUAUUUAACAU